AUGACGACAUCGCCAACGGUGACAGUACUCGUCUACCAGCUUCGUCUCUCUGGACGGCAAACAUUGAACUUUGUGACUGCGCCUGGAAAUAUUUUCACGUCUGCUUCUGUGUCCUUUGUCGGUACCGAGGUCGAGUACACCGCUGAGUACCGUAACCAAUUCGAUCCAAACGCCUCGAUGGUUGCGUCACGCUCUAUUCGAAUCCUGGUUCGAGUCAAGUGCUAUGCCACGGCAGCGUCACGUAACACUCAUACGCCGUCGUUGUCCUUGAACGAUCCCGUCGUCAGAUUCGUACGUCCCGAGCAAAUGCUCAAGCUGUCGAAACCGCUCGAGUCCGAUGCAGGCGCACGAAGCAGAGACUUGUGUAGCAAG